UUAAUGGUAAUCUAAAAUACGAAAUUAUUUUAUUAAAGCCAUAAAUCACCGAAGUUUUCGGACGCAUACUUACAUUCUUGUCCAAUUUCAUGCCAUGAGCAACAAAUCAAUUCUCCAGGAUAGAGAUGUUUCACAUGACCAUUGUAUUGUUCUGUACUUCCAUCAAGCAGUCCAAAUGUAACACUAGCUGCACAAAAGAAAGACCAAAAAGAAUGACCAUCAUGUCUCAAACUUGACAACUUCCCCAGCCGGCACCAAGUCUUUUGAAAUGUAGCUUUCGUCAGGCCGUUCGUUAUAUCAACUCUUCAUCAUUAUUCAUUAUAAUACUUUCUUCUAACAUUCCCCCACACUCGAAGCAUCGAGAGACUGAUCACAACCAGCUUCUCUUCGGAGUUCUGCAAUGUCUUUGUUCCCUGUAGGACUAGUUUUUGUCGCGUGCCUACUCUUCGGGCUGGCCAGCUCAGAAGAACAGGAUGUUGUAACCGCGUUAGUUGAAUUCAUGGAGAAACUCUCUCCUGGAAAUGCUCAGAGAGGUAUGAAUUGGGGAUGGAAUGAUACUUCAGACCCCUGUGCUGAUAAGUGGGAAGGGAUUACUUGUGAUAAAAAUUUACAAUUCGUGAAAAAGAUUAUUCUUGACGAAUAUAAUCUGACAGGAGUGCUUGAUACCGAAUCUCUGUGUCAGACGAGUACGCUUCUUGUUUUGAGCCUUGUUAGGAACAAUAUUGGUGGAGACUUGGGAGAAGACAUAUCAGGCUGCAAGAAUCUGACUCACUUGUACUUAAGUGAGAAUCGUUUCUCGGGAUCACUUCCUGGUUCUGUCUCCAAGUUGAGUAAUCUGAAAAGGCUUAAUGUAUCGUAUAACAGCUUCACAGGAGAGUUGCCUGAUAUGUCAAAGGUCACGGGCUUGUUAAGUUACCUGGCUGAAAACAAUCAGUUCAGUGGAGGGAUACCUCAACUGGAAUUCUCUAACCUGGUAGAUUUUAAUGUCUCUGACAACAAUCUUACUGGCCCGAUUCCUGAUGCUGCUGGUCGUCUCAGCAACAACAGCUUUUCAGGGAAUCCUGGAUUAUGUGGAAAGCCACUGUUGAAUGUGUGUCCAACCGUUUCUCCCCCGCCUGGAAAGGGAUCAAGUCAGUAUCUUAUGUACUCUGGUUACGCUGUUCUUGCCUUGAUUGUAGUACUUUUGGUUGCUUUCGUUGUAGUCAAGAGAAUGAAAUCUAAAAAAAAGAAGGUUAAAGUCUCUCCAAGGGUAGUCAGGAGAGAUGAUAGUGAUACGACUAGCACUAAUUUUAGGCAUGGAGGAACUAGGUCUGAAUUUUCUCUGACAUCUGCUGAGACGGGGGAUACAACAUCGUCCCUGGUGGUUGUUUCUACUCCAAUGGUGAAUGGGAUGAGAUUUGAUGAUUUGCUUCGGGCUCCAGCAGAACUACUAGGACGAGGGAGACAUGGAAGCCUCUACAAGGUGAAACCUGAUGCUGGUGUGACCCUGGUUGUAAAACGGAUCAAGGACUGGUCAAUUCCUAAAGACGAUUUCAAGAAGAAGAUGCAGAGAGUAGGCCAAGUAAUACAUCCGAACGUGUUACCAGUUGUUGCCUACUAUUCUUCCAAGGAGGAGAAGCUGUUAGUUUAUGAAUAUCAGCAAAAUGGAAGUCUCUUCAGAAUUCUACAUGGAUCACAAAAUGGACAAAUGUUUAACUGGGGAAGCAGACUCAACCUGGCCGCUAGCAUCUCUGCAGCCCUGGCUUUUAUGCACGAGGAGCUCGGUUUUGACGGGAUAGCUCAUGGCAAUCUAAAAUCAUCCAACAUUAUGCUAAAUGAGGACAUGGAAGCAUGUCUCAGUGAAUACGGCCUAAUGGAGGUCCCCAAUCAAACCCGAUCAAAAACCAGCAAUGCAAAAGCUGAUAAUCCGGAUGCUGCUCCUGCAUACACCUUAAAGGACGACAUCAAUAGCUUCGGUGAAAUCCUUCUGGAACUGCUCACAGGGCAACAAGUACAAAAUAAAGGACCUGAUGUGGCUAGAUGGGCGCAUUCAGUUGCGAAAGAAGAAUGGAUGGUUCAAGUGUUCGACGAGUCCCUCACCUCAGAAGGCGCCAGUGAAGAAAGGAUCGUAAAUCUCUUCCAGGUGGCUCUCAAGUGCAUAAAUGCAUUGCCAGAUUCCAGGCCAAGUAUGAAGCUAAUUGCAGAAAUGAUCAACUCUAUAAAGGAAGAAGAAGAAAGAUCAAUCAGCUGUUGACAUACAUUCACAUUUUCACUAAACUUCUUUGUCACAUUUCAGUUCACCUUUUCAUUUCGCAACAAUAACAUAAAAUUAGCAGUUCAAAUUCAAUUAAUUUUUUCCGAAGUAAAGUCGUACCAGUGUACAAGACUCGAUCUUAACAUAUUGAAUCAAUCAAAGUAUUUAUUCAUAUGCACUCAUUUACACAUCAAAAAAUAUAUCCUCCAUCUAUCGAAUACAUUAAUCCGCUCAAUCUUCAAAUCAAACUUUUCACAAUCUUCGCAUCGUUCUCAGCCGAUGCUUUCGCCACAUUAGCAUAUCUCGACGAGAAAUUGCGACACAAAUAAUCAUCAACCUGAUCCGAAUCGCCGUUCUGCCCCGGUCCUUCAUCGAAAUUAAGCGCGUAACUCAACGGAUCAUACUGAAACUUCGAACUCUUACUGCUCACUAAGCCGCUCUUACUACUCCGAUUAAACCGCCGGAUGAAAGUUUUCCACUUCGGCCCCGCGACAAUUUCGGACCACUCGCGAACCUUCUUCACCGACUCAAUCCCCCGCGUCCAUACGCCGUCGUUGUUCUCCGGUGACCGGAACUUGCUCCACCACCGACUCCCGGCCGCCGGAGACGACGAAUCAGGCGAAUUCAAAUGCGGCAAGCAGAAACAGCAGCGUCGCUUAGCGAACAUCACUUCUGCUUGUGCUUCAUCUUCAUUUGUUUCUUCUAUA